UUAUUUAGCAUAGAAAAAAAACAUAAACACAGCGCUAAAACAAACUUCUUACGCCCAUCAGCGUAGCAAAUCUAGCGUAUCUUUUGUGAGCAAUAGUGGUGAUCCGUCCCAAAAACCUCGUAUCAAACAGUAGCACGAUCGUACAGCGAUUUUCCGUGCCUCGAUUAAAAGGAGCUACCAAGCUUUUUAAACGGGCGACCGGAAGAAACCGAACCUGCGAUGAGACGUAUUUGGAAGCUGCUAUUCGGACGAUAUCUGUUGGUAACCAACACGGUUAGUUCCGGAGUACUAAUGUUGGCCGGCGAUGUAGCAGCCCAAAAAAUUGAAAGCCGAUUGGAAAAUAGACAUAAAUCUGUAGGACUCGAUUGGCAGCGGAUGUUCAAUAUGACAUUGGUUGGGCUGUCCCAAGGUCCAUUGCAUCAUUAUCUUUAUAAAUGGAUGGAUGUGCUGCUUCCCGGAGCUACGGUACGGACGGUGUUCAAGAAAAUUGCCAUCGACCAGUUUGCCAUAUCUCCCAUCUUCAUCGUCACUUACCUAUACAGUGCCGGUUUACUGGAAGGAGCAUCUGUGACGGAAUGUACUGCAGAAUUGAAGCACAAGUACUGGACCAUCUACACAGCAGAUUGGCUCGUUUGGCCUCCGACGCAAUUCAUAAAUUUCUACCUAAUCAGUCCAAAAUACCGUGUCUUGUAUAUUAAUGCAAUUACCAUGUUGUAUAACGUGUUUCUUUGCUACAUUAAGCAUAAUGACGAUCUCGUUGCUCAGCUCACCGGAAAAGCAAAGAAAAAGGAGGAUCCUUCUGAUACCUCGUCGUGAUAUUGACGGUAGAAUCUUCAGCUUUAAAAACCAACAGCCAAAACAACCACACUCCGAUAUUUAUGGUUAGCGACAGUCUCACUUUUGUUUUGUAUUUUGAACGGACUGCGAUUAUGAUUAUACUUCGUUGGUUCGCGUUAGUGUACUUAAUACUUUCUAUUGUAUGUAGAAACAUUUUUUAUUCUAUAAGCAUGCGCUAGCAACCAUCAUUUGUUGAAUAGUUUCUAGUUUAGUUUUAAUUACUGAUUUGUCGUUCAAAGAUGGAAGCUGCUGGAUAAUACAAUAUUGCUUUACCAGGGUUGUGCCCGAGCAUAACGAAUGCUCGCUCAGCAACCCGAAAUCUAUACUGAAAGUAA